AUGACGGAUAAGUUCCCGGUGAACCUUACCAAGGAUUCGAUGGAGCAGAUCAACAACAGGAGCGCACCGACGGCCGAUGUACCAGAGGAACUGCGCUGCCAAUACUCGAGCAAACGCUGCGAGAACCAGCGCACACACAAGAAGAGCGGCGGUCUGCACAAGUUCUGCGCGAUGCACCGCGAGAAGGCCAACCGCAAUCAGAUGCGUCUGGAUCACCGGCGCCGCGUAAUGAAACAGCAGCAGAAGGAGCUUCAGCGACAACAACAGGCACAACAGAUGCAGGCACUCCAGGCACAGCAACAGAUGCAGCGUACACACAGCUUCACGCCGGUCGCCAUGGCUGCAGGACAGAACUACCGCUAUAGCAACAGGAUGCAGCGGAGUCCCGUCGGUGCCAUGCGUAGUCCAGUAGACGGUAAGCCCAUGUCUCCGCCCAACAUGAUGAUCAGCAUGAGCAUGCCGAUGCAGACGUUCACGACGAUGGAGAUGCCGACACAGCAGCCACAGCAGCCGUCGACACCGAAUCUCCCGCUGUUCGACCAGAGCGACCUGGAGAUUCUCGAAGCGCUUCUCUUUAGCAGUGACGAAGAGCAAAACGACGCCAUCCCGGUCUCACAUUGCAGCACGCCGCAGUUGUUCCGCGCUCCAUCGUUUGUCAACGUUUGA